UAUUGUAACGGUUCUAGCUGGAAAACGUACAUGCUUUUGGCAACUUUUGGAAAUGUAAAAGAAACGGAACUUUUCCAACCAUAGAAUCCGAUUCUCUAACGACCCAAGGUUCUUAGUAUGAUGCGACAACAUUUACGCGUUUGUAAACGUUGGUGAAUUUUAUCUCGGAGCAGCGGCGUUGACUACUGAACGGAGCUCGGCCGCAGCAUGCUGUGGGAUGGAUGAGGAAGAGCAGAACCGCUACGUGGUCCAGCUGAAGGAGGAGUUCGACAGCUGCGACACCACGGGCACUGGGUACCUGGACAAGGAGGAGCUGACCGCUCUGUGCCACAAGCUGCAUCUGGACGCCCACCUCCCGCUGCUGCUCGACACGCUGCUGGGCCCUCACCACUAUGCCAGGGUGAAUUUCGAGGAGUUUAAGGAAGGUUUUGUGGCAGUGCUCUCACGCUCUCUGGAUCUCAGCACUUCCGAGGAGGAGAGUAGCUACUUGGAGCCAGUGGUACCGGAGGAGGUGAAGCCCAAAUUUGUGAAGGGGACAAAGCGUUACGGCCGCCGGUCUCGCCCAGACGGACCCGAUUCGGAGCUGACCGCUGAUUCGGAAGAGACGCCCCCUCUCAGGCCGGAGCAGGCUGAGCCCUUUCCCACUGGCGUCCGGAGGGCCAAGCUCAGACGCUCCACCUCGCUAGAGAGCGUAGAGAGUCUUAAGUCUGAUGAGGAAACAGGAAGCAAUAAGGAAGCCACUCACCAGACCUUUGAGGCACAAGGCCAGCUGAAGCGAUGGAAGCGAGAUGCCCUGGAGAGCCCCCGGCGCUCCCCCGGCCCGCGGGCGGACAUGGAGGACGGGCACAUGCAGGCGGUGUGCGAGGAGCUCGGGGUGGGCGGGGGCGGCUUCCUGACCAGGCAGGAGCUGUCUGUCGUCUGUGAGACUCUCGGCCUGCGGGACCUGCGCACUGAGGAGCUGGAUGCCCUCUUCAAGAGGCUGGACAAGGACAAUGAUGGCAGGAUCAGUCUGAGGGAGUUCCAAAAGGGCCUCUUCAAACAUGGAGGCGUCCUCGCCCCCACCUCAUCCUCCACUCCAAUCCGCUCACACCCCCAGCAGCGCUCACUCUCGCAGGCCUUUGAGGACAGCUCGGUGCGGUCCACCUCGCCCUCACUCCUCUCGGCCACAGUGGGCCAGCGCCUCCUGACCCGGCUGGAUGAUGGGUCGGGCUUCACCAGUCCGGACAGGAUCAUCACCCUCUGGAGUGACGAGGGCAUACGGAACAGCAGGGACAUCCUACAGACGCUAGACUUCUCGCUGGACGAGAAGCUGAGCUUGGCCGAGCUGACCCUGGCGCUGGACAAUGAGCUGCUGGUCAGUGGGAAUGGGAUCCACCAGGCCGCCCUCAUCUCCUACAAGAAUGAGAUCCAGUUCCUGCAGGUCCAGGUGGACCAGGCCGGCCGGGAACGGGACAAGGCCAAGGUGGACCUGGACCGGGCCGAGCGGCGGAACCUGCAGCUGGUCAGGGAGGUGGAGGACCGCCAAGCGACCAUGGAGUCGCUCAACGAGACCAAAAUGCGGGGCCUGGAACAGGAGUACCGGGACAGGCUGACAGCCUUGCGGAGCGAGUCGGAGCAGGAGAGCGAGGUACUGCUGCAGCAGGCGGAGCGUGAGAAAGCCCGGCUGCAGCAGGAAGUGGAGACCCUGCGGGCCCAGGAUGCUAAUCUACAGGAGGAAAUCGGCACAGCCAAUCAGGAGAACAUCCGGCUGGAGAAGGAGGUCGGUCAGCUGAAGGGGAAGCUGUCGGAGGCGGAGACCACCGUCUCCAGGCUGCAGAGGGACCUGGACCAACUCCUCACGGAUAAGUUUGGUGGCCUGGACCCACAUCACACCGGCAUGCUGAGCCAGGAGGAGCGCUUCUCCCAGAUCAUCAGGGAGUACGAGCUGCAGUGCCGGGAACUCCGGGACAGGAAUGACGAGUUGAAUUCUGAGCUGGAGAUGCUAAAGAGCCAGGGGGCGGGGCGGAGGUCCAGGCGGUCACGGGACAGUAUGUUCGCCCACACCUGGUCCAGCCGACGAGCGCUAACCACAGAGUCGGAUUCUGAUGACCCUGAGAUGAAGAAGAGUACCUCUCCACUCGCCAGGAAAAAGCUCCAGGUGGCAGAUAAAAAUGGCCUGGGCUCCCUGGAGGCCCUCUCAGGCAACAUGAGCAUCGAGACAGAACUGGCUGUGGAGCAGCUGAAGGAGAAGCACAGCCAGGAGGUGCAGGACUUGAAGAUCCAGCUGGAAACCAAGGUGAACUUCUACGAGCGCAGCCUGGAGCUGAUGCGGCGCAACAUGGAGCUGGAGCGCAAGGACAUCUCCCAGGACUUCAAGAUGGAGAUCAGCGAGCUGGAGGAGCAGAAGGCCCAGGCGGAGGAGCGGGCCGGGCGGCUGCAGGAGCGGGUGUCCGAGCUGCAGGCCCAGCUGCAGGCCGGGGCCUGGGGCCCCGAUCAGGAGCGCCGCGUCCAGCGGGAGAGGGCGGAGAUGGAGCAGAACUACGCCCGCGAGAUCUCCAACCUGGUGCAGCGGCUCACCUCGGAGAGGGACCAGCUGGAGGCGGAGCUGAAGCUGAAGAUGGACCAGGAGGUGCAGCGCGUCAGGGAGGAGGCAGAGCAGAGGCAGCUCCAGAUGGAGGCUCAGCAUGCGGAGGCCCGGCAGGCCCUGCUGCAGGAGCAGGCGGAGCAGCACCUGCGAGAGUGGGAGGCGCGGGAGCUGGAGCUCCUGUCGGAGAGCCGCAGGGAGCGGCUGCGCAGCGCCGAGCGGACGGCCGAGGAGCAGGCCCGCAUCUGCAGCAGCGCCGCCCUGGAGAGGAAGCGCAUGGAGGAGGAGCACGAGGAGGAGGUCCGGCUGCUGAGGGAGCAGAUACGCAGCCUGACUGCACAGGCAAGGGGGGCGGAGUCACGCGUGGGGGCGGAGCUAGAGGAGAAACAUGCCCAGAUGGAGGCGGAGCUAGAGGAGAAAUAUGCCCAGAUGGAGGCGGAGCUAGAGGAGAAAUGUGCCCAGAUGGAGGCGGAGCUAAAGAGCCAUGUCCAGCAGGAGGCUAAACUAGAGGAGACAUGUGUGCAGCUGGAGGUGGAGCUAGAGGAGACAUGCGCCCAGCUGGAGGACUGCACGGCAUCUUUGAGGUCACAGCAGGCCCUAAUCCGGCAGCUGACCACAGAUCUGCACACCAAGGAGCAGGAGCUAGAGAAGAUGAAUGACAGAGAACGCAAGCUCAUCUGCGAGCAAUCACAGCUGAGGCUGGAGGUGAGUAGUGUGCAGGCCGAAUUUGAGACCCUCCGGAAGGAAAAGGACAUGGUCCAGGGCAACUGUAGCCAUCUGUCCACAGCUUUUGUCCAGCAGCAAACGCAAGUCCAAGCAAAAGAGGAAGAGCUGGAUCUUUUGAGGAAAGAGUCUGUGGAAGUUUGUGAGAAUUUGAAACGCAAGGAGGAGGAACUUCUCCUGCAGGCUGCUGUACUAAAAUCCUUAGAGGCAGACAAAUCCAAGCUGCUGGAGGAGCUGGAGAGCCAAGGUAGCGCGCUCGAGCGGUUACAGACACAGUUUGAGAGCCAAGCAGAAGAUCUGGACCAUGCGAGGAGGAAGGCACAAAGCUUCCAGGAUGCCUUGAGAGAGGAGGAGGGCAAGGCCAGGCAGUCCUCGUCCACUCUGGACACAGAGAGGGAAGAGAGGAGGCGCCUGGCUGAGGAGAACGCCCGCUACUCCCGGCUCUCGGACCAGCUGUCCUGCCAGAUCAUGGAGAUGGAGGCUGAAUCGGCCAAGCUGAGGGAGAACGUUCAGGACCUGCACCAGCUCCUGAGGCAGAGUGAAGAAGUGGUGCUGGAGCUUCGGUCUCAGCUGGAGAUGAAGACCAAAGCCCUGGAUCAGCUGAGGAUGACGGAAGAAUCCAGGACAGCUCUGCUAGAGAGCAAUGAAGAUCUCUCUGUAGACCAUGUGAGACAAAUCAAUCAGCUGACCGCCCAGCUGGAGUCCAAAGAGGAAGAACUGUCCGCCCUUAGAGAUAAAAGUGAGAACUCCACCAAUCAGCUUCAGCAGGCAUUGGCGGACGCCCAGGCAGAUGCGCGCAGGGUGGAGGAGGAGUUUCAUCGGGAGAAGAGCAGGAUGAAGGACCAGCUGCUGGAGAUGGAGCAGCUGGUGGUGACUCUGGAGGCAGUGAUGGACCAGGCCAGUCCGCAAAGAACGCAGCUUGAUGAGGUCACUACUGAGAACACUGCACUGAAGGACAGGAUUGCUUUGUUGCAGCAAGAUGUGCAGAGGCUUGAGGAAGAAGUCGACAGGAAGAAAAAGAAACUGGAAGAGCUGGACAAGGAACAUGAGAAGAACCGAGAGGAAGUGGAGAAGGUUUACAAAGAGAACACCAAGUACCGGGAGGAGGUUCUGGAGCUGAGCGCUCGGAACCUGCGGCUGAGUGGAGAGAACGCGGAGCUGAGCGCCCGUCUCCGCGCCGACCAGGGGGCGGUGCAGCUGCUGACGGAGCGGCUGUCGCAGCUGACGCGGGAGCAGGAGGAAGGGGCCUCGGAGGCGCGGCAGCUCCAGGAGGCCGCCAGCAGGCAGGAGCGGGAGCAGCUGCAGCUGCAGGCAUCCUGGCAGCGGGAGAGGGAGCUGCUGGAGACGGAGCUGCGCACUGCCAAGGAGAAGCUGCAGCGCUUGACGGAUGUGGAGGCGGAGCUUACCAGCCUGACCCUGAAGCACCAGUGGCUGGAGCAGGACAAGCAGAGGCUGGUGAAAGAGGCAGACGAGAGAGUGCAGAAGAUGGAGCAGCUGCAGGAGUCACUGUCCUCCCUCAGCAUACAGACAGAGAAGCUUCAGUCUCGGCUCCAAACAGCCAAUGUGGAAAAAGGUCUCCAUGCCCAGGAAGUGACUGCCAACCAGCGGAUGCUGCAGGAGGCUCAGGACAAGAUCCAGGAGCUGGAGGCCAGCCUGGGGAAGCUUCGGCGGGAGAAGGAGCAGCUGAUGCAGGCCCAGCGGCACCAGGAAGAGGAGAGGAUCCAGGCCCUCCAGGAGGAGUGCCAGAGCCUGCGGUCCCAAAACCAGGAGCUGCUCCACAAGGUGGACCAGCUACAGGUCCAGCAGAUUGAGGUUCAGAGAGUGACCCAGGAGUGCCUGACACUGAAGAACAAACAGGCACAUCUUGAGACAGCCAGGCUGGAAGCUGAGGACCAGCUGCUGCAGGCCAACACGGCCCUCACGCUGGUGCAGUCCCAGCACACCCGCGAGGUGCAGCAGCUGAGGGAGCAGGCGGGCCUGGGUUCCAGGGAGCAGCUCGCCCACCUCCAGGCUCAGCUGGCAGAGGAGCAGCGGCGUGGGCAGCAGCUCGAGGAGCAGCUCCGCACCCAGGCCCAGCAGGCCAGCACUCAGAUGAUCCUGCAGCAGGAGCAGUAUGAGAAAUCCAUGAACUGCAUGGAAGAGAAGUUGGAGGAAGUGGAGGCCAAACUGAAGAACCUCCGCAUGAUCCUGCAAGAGAAGGUCAACCAGCUGAAGGAGCAGCUUGCAAGGAACGCCAAGUCGGACCUGCUGCUGAAGGACCUGUAUGUGGAGAACUCGCAGCUCAUGAAGGCCCUGCAGGUGACGGAGACACGUCAGAAGAGUGCUGAGAAAAAGAACUUCCUGCUGGAGGAGAAGAUUGUUGCGCUCAACAAGCUCCUGCGCAAGAUUGCCCCCGCCUCCCUUACCACGUAGCACCCCGCCCCCCGAUUUUACCUUCCAAAAGCCAUAAAGCAUUACUGCGUUCCCCCUUCCAGACCACCCCACGGUACUGCCGACUGAGAGAAUGGA